AUGUUUUACUUAAAAAUUAUAUUUUAUGUAUAUUUUGUUCUGAUUUUUUUUGUGUCAUUGAGGACAAUGUCAUUUUUAAGAUGA